AUGGCUAGUGAUCAAGAAAACUCACAAGAUGCAAAUGCUCCUGAUGAUACUUCAGAAAAAGAAAUUACACGAGGCAUCACUAUUAUGAAGAGUAUCAUUCGUGAUAGAGAUAAAGCAGUAACAUAUAAUGUAAAUUGGAAUGCUGAUAACCAACUAAUUGGGUCUAAUGCUGCAAAGUUGGCAAGCUACAUUGUUGCUUUUGUAGCCCAAAGAAGAGACGAAAAUUUCAAGAAAGUGAGUGCCACAAAUCGCGAGAGAGCGUCAAAUCCCACAUAUGCAUACAAAAAAGGGCGUUUGGGAUAUGCACGCUUAGAGGAAAAAAUUUUAGACGAGACGAAAAGUGACGCAACAUCACUUCCGCCACAUGUUUUGUGGAAAGAAGCUCGUGUGGGAAAGGAUGGAACUGUUAGGGAUGACGUUCAACAUAUUUAUGAUGAAUGUGAGACCCUAUCUCAAUCGAUAAGCACAGCUGAGGACCAGGAGAACAGGAGCGUACUUAGUAGAGCACUAAAUGUUCCUGAGUAUCCCGGUCGGGUGAGGGGUAAAGGGCAUGGUUGUACUCCAACUUCCUUGUAUAAGAAUCCAAGGAGAAGAAAUCCUAGCAAUCAAGAAGUGAUGGAGACGUUGCAGGCAUUACAAGCGCAAGUUCUUCAAUUGCAAAAGGAUAAUGAGAGAUAUAGGUGUAUGGAAAAGUGCAGUUCACAAUUGAAAGAAACUAGUGAGAAAGCCAGUAUCAAUUGUCAAAAUAAAUUUCCCGAGGGCAUUUCAUCUUGUCAGCUAUACUUAUCGUCACCGACUUAUCGCCUAGUUGGCAAGGGAAAAGUGCACAACACUUCGGGAGAUUUACUUCACCAUAGACCGCUCCCGGAUGGACACCUUAAAGUAUCGGUUGAUGUUGUAUUAGAUAAGGAUGCGUUGCUACCGAUACCUGACAUUGUUUCAGAGACAACAUUGCUGCGAGAUGCAAUAGGAUCAUUUGUUGCAUGGCCCUUGGAUCUCAUUUUCAUUGAUGAUGAGACGCCUACAAAACCCGCAUCUAAGGAUAGAGGGAUUUUGCGGCACAACGAGUCUGUUGCAUCACAAAAAGAGGUAUUUGCUCAAGGGUCACAACAACUGAGCCAGAAAAUUGGUAGUCGACAGAAAAACAAAAGGGAUCUUCCAGUGACUUAUUUGCCAAAAAAAGGUGCUUUUGUGCCUCGAUACCAGAUAUCUCUUGAAACACUUGUUGACUCAUCAGAUAUGGCAACAGCUGGUGCUAUUCGCUUACUGGAUAUGGAGGAAGAUAUCUUUGGUUAUUCAUGCACUGAAACAAUCGGAAAAGAAGAUCUGGAACAUAUUUUUCGGCAUCAAGAAUUAGGCGUCGGUGUUAUACACACAUACAUCCGGUUCUUGUAUGACAAUUUCAUGCGUGGGAAUGAUCAAUUGUCAAACAGAUUCCGUUUCGUGUCUUCCUCCCUGGUCAACAAAGCAUUAAUUUGUAGGGAACCGGAUUCAUGUAGAGAGUACUUAGUCAAGAGAUUCAUGGCCAGCAGUACAAACAACUUGUAUCUUUGGCCGUAUAAUUCAGGGUGUCACUGGUUGUUGCUUGCUAUUGAUCCUUUAAAAGAAGUGGUAUAUUUUCUGAAUUCGAUAGAUGGUGAAUGGACAAAUUAUCCGGAUAUGAAGCAAUUAGUUGAUACAUCAAUAAAAGUGUUCCGAUCUCAAAGACAAGCUCGAGUACCACGUACUAAAUCCAGCAACAUUACGUGGAUAAAAGUUGUCCUCUACAGCGCAACGGUAUCGAUUGCGGAUACUUUGUAAUGAGGUUUAUGAGGGAAAUCAUUAAUAUGAAUCAAAUAGAGAUUCCAAUCACGUACUUUGAUGAAUACAAGUGUGCUCAUUACACGAGACUGCAGUUGGAACAAAUCAAGGAGGAAUUGUGUCAAUAUUUUAUUGAGAAAAGAUUAAUUAGUAUAUAAUGGUUUCAAAAUAACAUGAAUACUUUGAUGAAGAAUGGUUUCUGGUUGGCAAGUGUAUAGUUCUUUAUAUUUUUAACAGAUUAGUUAUGACUCC